AAACAGGAAAAUCACAGAGCAGAAAUCUUCCAAACAGCAGUAUCAUGUGGUGAUGAAUCAACUGUUAAAGGAGAUGAUCAUUACAACUGGCACAGGAAAGAAAAAAUGGGUGGUCACCUUUUAACAAGAAAUUGUCUGCUUCUUAUUAUGCUGAUUUUCUGCGUGGAUUGCCAAAACAAAACCAUGGAGCAAAAGUCUUACCCUUCCCUUACAGAGCUUCCUAUGGAAGUGACUGAGUUCAAUGGAACUCUUUAUGCUACAUGCGAAGUCAGACCCGUUCCUAAUCUACCUCCAAACCAGCCCGAGAUCUACGGACAGGUCCUCUUCAAACAGGCCUAUCCACAUGGUACUUUACAGGUGGCGGUCAAUUUACGUGGCCUGUCAGACGGCAAGCAGCAAGCCCAUGCCAUACACGUUCAUCGAUUCGGUGAUCUGAGUGAUGGCUGCAUUACUGCAGGCCCCCAUUACAACCCAGUUGCUGUGGAUCAUCCCGGGCACCCUGGAGACCUGGGUAACUUUGCAUUCAGGGACGGAAGGAUCCGGCAGUUGCUCCGGGUUCCAGGGGGGACUCUGUUUGGGGGCCGGUCGAUGUUGGGCCGUGCCGUCGUGGUUCACGAAAAGGAGGAUGACAUGGGACUGGGGCCGGACGAGGAAAGCAAACGCAGCGGGAACGCGGGAAAGAGGAUCGCCGGCUGUGUCAUCGGCCUCAGCUCUCCCAGUCUGUGGGAGAAAACUGUGGAACCCUCCUGGGAGGAUGUGGAGAGUAGACAAUGAGAGAGAGAGAGAGAGAGAGAGAGAGAGAAGAAAAACAAGAGAGAAAAAGACAGGCAGGAGGUGACAGACAGAGCAGUCAGCUAUGCAAAUACCUCCUACCGGGAAGCUACUGUGAAGCUUUGAACAUUUUUGAUCUGACUAGAUUUAGGCCUAAAUAAACUUUAGGAAUACCUCUGGCCUUUAAUUAAAAUGUACUUCCUUAGGAAAAACUGCAGUGUAUGAAUCACAUUGCUAAUGUUUAAUUUGAAUAGUUCUCUUGGGUCCAAUCCAAUUCCUUUUAAAAGAAAAAAAAAGUUUUCUAUGUGGGGGGUAUAGAGCUAAUAGCAAGGAGGUACAUUUAAAAUUAGGUCACUUGACAGAAAAAUAGAGUAGCAUUUCUAGGAUAGAAGAAGGCUGUACUUUAUGAAAUGACCAUCAUUAUUUUGAUUCACAGUGUUAGCCAUAUCUAGACUUGCAAAAGGUCACCACUGAUGAAAAAGUGCUGUCUCUAAGCUGGUGUAAACUUAUUAUCAUAUCUUAGGCUACACCAAUUGAAACAGUGAAAUGGCAAAUAGAUCAAUGUUUGGCUGUGACAAAGGCGUAAACAACUGGUUUGCCAAGAAGGUGUGGUGUGCAACAGUCUCGUGGAGUUUUUCUAUUGCAAAAUAAUCUGAUCAAAGACUCUGUAAAACUUGUUGGCCUAGGUCACGUUGGCAUGUAAAGUCCAGAUUUACUGUGAAGCCGUAUUGAUUAUACAUGUAUGAUGCUCUCAGA